AUGCCAUCUCAGACAAUCUCCGUGGAAAGCAAUGCCCUCCAAGUCACCGUCUUCAUCGACGAGGAUGGGUCGGCAUACCUCCAACAGGUGAUUCCCCGGGGAAGUACCCCUCAACCAUCAGCCUCCAAAUACUUCAAAGCGUCGUACGCCCCACUCGUCGAAGUCCGUCUCGCUGGCGAAGGGACGGAAAAGCACAAAUCGUCCAAAACACUCGUUGGGACCUAUGUCGGACCCCGGCUAAAGUACAAAUCGCACGAAACUCAGUAUGGAACCGGGAGCAAGACGCUCAAUGUCACUUUGGAGGACUCCAAGAUCGCAGUGACGGCUCAUCUGACCGUCUACGACUCGACUCCCGUCCUUCGCUCGACAGCCGCGAUCCAGAAUAAGAGCGACAAGCCGAUUGUCAUCACGCAGCUUACAUCGCUCGUCCUGGGCGGGCUGACGACAGGCUCCCAGAAAUGGUGGGCCGACUACACGCUCUCCGUACCGAACAACUCGUGGUUCCGCGAGGCACAGUGGAUCGAACAUGACCUGCCCAGCCUGGGCGUCGACGACUACGGCGCGUACGGCCGUCCGGAGAACCACUGGGCCUCACUCGCCCAUUACGCCGUGUCGAACCGCGGUACAUUCUCGACAGAAGGCCAUCUCCCCAUGGGUCUGCUGAAACGUCGCGGCAAUGCCGAGACGUGGCUGUGGCAGGUGGAAAACAACGGCUCCUGGCGAUGGGAGAUCGGCGACUGGAAGGACAGCGUGUACCUUGUGGCCGGGGGCCCGAUCGAAACGGACCAUGACUGGCGGCAGCGAUUGGGUCCGGGAGAGACUUUCACGACUGUGCCCGUUGCAUUGUGCCAUGUACUCGACGACUAUGAGUCGGCCUUCGCUGCCCUAACGCAGUACCGCCGCACCAUCCGCCGCAAGCACAAGGAUAAUCAGACACUACCGAUCAUCUUCAAUGACUACAUGAACUGCCUCAUGGGCGAUCCCACCGAUGAGAAGAUUCUCGCCCUCAUCGACCCCGUCGUUCGUGCUGGAGCAGAAUACUUUGUGAUUGACUGCGGGUGGUACGCUGACGAUGCCGGCUGGUGGGACGAUGUCGGCGAGUGGGAACCCUCAAAGAAGCGAUUCUCCAAGGGCCUGAAACACCUCCUCACCCAACUAAAGGAGAAAGGUCUCACGCCAGGUCUCUGGAUCGAGCCCGAAGUUGUCGGCGUCCGCAGCGUCGUUGCGCACCAGUUACCCGACGAAGCCUUCUUCCAGCGCGACGGGCAGCGCAUCGUCGAGAAAGGUCGGUACCAGCUGGACUUCAGACACCCUGCCGUCCGAGAACGCAUGCACGGGAUUAUCCAUCGACUUGUCACCGAGUUCGGGGCCGGAUACUUCAAGUUCGACUACAACAUCGAAGUGACGCAGGGGACAGACGUCAACACCUCGAGCCCCGGAUCCGGGCAGCUGGACCAUAACCGCGCGUACCUGGCCUGGGUAAACGAACUCCACGAUCGCUUCCCAGACCUCGUCAUCGAGAACUGCUCGAGCGGCGCGCAGCGCAUGGAUUAUGCUAUGCUCGCAACGCAUGCUUUACAAUCAACCAGCGACCAACAGGACCCCGAUCGGUACGCCGCCAUCUCCGCCGCACUGCCUACAGCCGUUACACCAGAACAGGGCGCAACAUGGGCAUACCCGCAGCCGGAAUGGGACGACGAGAUGAACGCAUUGACCGUGGUGAACAGUCUACUCGGUCGGAUCCAUCUCAGUGGGCGCCUGGAUAUCCUCUCGCCGACGCAAUUCGGCAUCAUCAAAGAAGGGAUGGACGUGUAUCGGGAGAUCCGCGCGGACCUCCCGACGGCAACGGCGUUCUGGCCGCUGGGGUUACCGCAUUGGCAUGAUGAGUGGCUUGCGUUGGGGAUGGCUGCGGAGGGUGGGGGGACGUUUUAUAUUUCUGUCUGGAGGAGAGGAGGGAAGGAUUCAGUGGAGUUGCCUAUUGAGAGGUUGAAAGGGCGUGAUGUACAGAGUGAGUUGCUCUAUCCCAAGGCGUUCGGGGUGGAUCAUGAGUGGAGGAAGGAUGCGGGCGUGUUGAGCGUCGGGGUUCCGUCUGAACUGUGUGCAAGGCUGUUGAGGUUGACCGUCUCCUGAAACGGGGAAUUGCUUUUCCCAUUCUGCUGGUCCAGACCUGU